AUGGAAGUUCAACUAGAAAAAAUCCCUCAACGCUUGAUUAAAGAGACAUUGUUGUCGGAUGCACUCUUCAGCGCUUUGUUAAAGAGCCAACAUGCGUCCGAUGGGCAUCAUCAUUAUGAUUUAAAAACAUAUUUACGUGUCGGUGAAGACGUAUCAAGAUUAAUGCCAGCUUUAUUCCAAAGUUAUCGACAUCAAAGAAUGGAACAAAGGAAAUUUUCUGUUAAUUAA